AUGUCUGUGAUAGGGGCGUAUUCACAUUUUGUGUGCGGAGAGGUUUAUCAGAGAGAUGAACAGUGGGCACAGUGCUUGGUAAGUGGGAGAGGGUAUCUGUUUUGUCACAGGAGUGGGUGCAGGAACACAUGGGUGGGAAGCAGAAACAGAGAAAGGAAGAUGAAAAGGAGAAAUUUGCGUGUGGAGGCGAUGUGGCCAGAUUUGUCAAGACCCAGUGAGCUUGAGAUGGAAGAAAUCAACGAUUCUGAACACCUUGAUCAAAUUCUUCUUCUUGCUCGCAACAACUCACAACCUAUCCUCAUUGAUUGGAUGGCUACUUGGUGUCGGAAAUGCAUCUAUUUGAAGCCCAAGUUAGAAAAAUUAGCAGCUGAAUAUCACACCAAAGCCAAAUUUUACUAUGUGGAUGUGAAUAAAGUACCCCAGACUCUAGUCAAGCGAGGCAACAUAUCUCUGUGGAAAGAUGGAGAGAUGAAAGCAGAAGUCAUUGGAGGCCAUAAGGCCUGGUUAGUUACUGAAGAAGUCAGAGAAAUGAUUCAAAAGUUUUUAUGA